AUGACACAGACAUUAAAACCAAUUAUCGAUCCUUUAACUAAAAUAUCGAAUAAACCUCGAUUGAACAAAGAAAAUACUGACAAUAAAAACUCGAUUUUGGACUACAAUCAACAAGAAAUUGAAAAUUGGUUUCAGUCUACAGACUUGGAUAAAAUCUAUGGUCCGAAAAAACUUCCAAACGGCCAUAUUAUCUUGGGUAAAAAAGAAGUAAAAUUCUUAGAAAACACUUUACUUAUCGACAGUAAUGUUUAUACCUUAACCUCGGGUCUUAUACAGUUAUUAUUUUUAAAAAAUCCACUUAUUUUUACUGAUAGCGAUUUAGAGGUAUAUAAAUCUAUAUUAACUCAAACAUCAGUACAUUUAUCUACAGUUGGAAAUAAAAUAAAAAAGGGUGGUACUAAAUACUCAACAAUUAUUAGUAAAUUAUUCCCCUCGGGUGGCGAGCUGUCUAUGAAAUUACAGAAAAAUAACUUAGUGUAUUGGGACAAUCCAAACGAGUUGGUCGACCGGUUACGUCUACUUCUCGCGUCAAAAGCAGCUGGCAAUACAAGCGUUUCAAACGAAAUAAUUUCGAUUUUCGACGAAUUACACGAAGCCGGACUAAUAAAGCGAAUUCCCGAUGUCUAA